AGUGUGCUGUUGGCGCCAGCACCGCCUUUGAAGAUGGCUUUCAAGAAGUCCUACAAUGUUUACUUCCUUUGCGGGUUCAUGACCCUUGGUGGUGGUCUGUUCGGUUUCGACAUCUCGUCGAUGAGUGGUGUCUUGGGUACCGCGGCCUACAACAACUACUUUCAGGUCGGCGGCGGCAAUUACAAACAGGGUGGAAUCACUUGUGCUAUGCCAUUUGGAUCGCUCGUCGGUGCCCUAGCCUCCAGUUUCCUUGCCGACAAAUACUCGCGUGUCACUGCAAUUCAGUUCUCGUCUACUUUGUGGAUUAUUGGAUCAGUCUUUCAAUGUGCCGCCAACGGUAUCCCCUUGCUGGUCGUCGGUCGUGUCAUUGCAGGCCUCUGCGUUGGCAUCGCCUCAGCUAUGGUUCCGGUCUACAUCGCCGAAGUGAGCCCAAAGCAUAUCCGAGGGCGAAUGAUAUCGCUACAGCAAUGGGCAAUCACCUGGGGUAUCCUGAUCCAGUACUUCAUUCAAUACGGCGCUAGCAACGUCGACGGCGGGCCUGACAAUGAAACCCAGAGCACAGCGGCCUUCCGAAUUCCAUGGGGUAUCCAGAUUGUCCCCGGUGUAAUUUACUUCGUUGGUUUGUUUCUAUACCCUAAAUCGCCCCGCUGGCUGGCGAGCAAGGACCGCUGGGACGAGUGCAUGCAUGUCCUCGCCCGCCUCCACGGGAACGGAGACAUGAACCACCCCCUUGUUCUGGCCCAGUACAAGGAAAUUCAGGACGCGCUCGCCCUUGAACGUGAGCAGGCUAGCACCAGCUAUCAGGAGCUCAUCAAGCCACGCAUCGCAAAGCGUGUUUUCCUGGGCAUGAGUCUGCAGAUGUGGUCGCAAUUGUCGGGAAUGAACGUCAUGAUGUACUACAUCGUCUACAUCAUGCAGUCCACAGGAGCGGGCUCCCCUCUUCUAACAGCUUCCAUUCAAUACAUCCUUAACACGGCCCUUACUCUCCCAGCGAUUCUCUGGCUCGACCGCUUCGGCCGCCGCCCUGCGAUCCUCAUUGGCUUCACCAUGCAAGCAAUCUUCCUUUACAUUGAGGGUGGCCUGCAAGCCGGCUAUGGUCGCUCGACUCGACCGUCCGACGACCUAAACGCCAUCUCCUGGACCGUGGCGGACCACCCGGGUGUGGGCAAGGCUAUCAUCGCCAUGUCGUACCUCUUUGUCUGCUCCUUCGCAACGACCAUUGGUCCAACUUCCUGGACCUACCCGGCUGAAAUCUACCCGGCCAAGGUCCGUGCCAAGGCUGUCUCACUGGCUACGGCGUCCAACUGGACCUGGAACUGUCUCCUUGCGCUCUUUGUUCCGCCACUUCUGUGGAAUAUCAACUGGAAGAUGUACAUGAUUUUCGCAGCCUUCAACACUGUCGCCGCCUUGCACAUGUUCCUGACCGCCCCUGAAACAAAAGGAUACACGCUUGAGGAGAUGGACGAGGUCUUUGAGAGCGGCAUCGCGCCCUGGAAGAAAAGGAAGAUCAGCUCCCGUCUUGAGCAGAUCGAGAGGGAGAUUGCCGAGGGUAACCUCAAGGUUACGGACCGGACUGGUCCCGUCGAUCCUGUGCAGGAGAACGUUGGUGAACCGGAGAAGGCGGUGUAAUCCCUUGUCCAUUUGGUAUGGUUACUGAGCUUAAUGCGUGAGUAUGUAAUCAGGUAGGCGGCGUACAUCAGGGCUGUAGUACCCAGGUAGGGUCUUCCCAAUCCUGUAUAGCUUUUGUUCCUUCGAAGUCGUUUCUUACUCCCCAUCUCGUUUAGAUAAUUUGAAGCCCUGAUACCUUGUGUCUUGAACUUCAACUUGUGCUUUGCGCAUUUUAAAUAUCCAAGUAGAGAUUGGCCAAC